AUGUCUGCCAUUGGAACCCUUGUCUUCUGCAACGACUGCGGCAACUUGCUGCCCGCGUCCAUGGGCACUGAGAAAAACACUCUCGUCUGCGACUGCUGCGGCGCCGACAACAAGGACACCGGUUCCAAGACGAUCAUUACUCAGACGAAGCCCUCCGAUUUCCCUUCCCAGUUGAGACAAAAGUUGCAAUCGAACGUUCAGACGGUCGACAGGAACAUCAACACCGAGGCCACGAUUAGAGAAACGUGCCCCAAGUGCGGAAGAGAGGAAGUUCGCUUUACUGCUGUGCAGCUCCGCAGUGCAGACGAAGGCAGCACCAUCUUCUUCACCUGUGAUUGUGGCUUCAAGUGGUCUCAUAACAACUGA